AUGACUGAACCUGCCCUGAGUAGCGCUAAUAACGCUCUGAUGCAAAAACUAACAGGUCGACAACUUUUUGACAAGAUCGGCCGUCCUACUAGGAUCGUUGCACCAAUGGUAGACCAAUCCGAAUUAGCAUGGCGUAUUCUAUCGAGAAGAUACGGUGCAACCUUGGCGUACACUCCCAUGUUACAUGCAAAAUUAUUUGCUACCUCGAAGAAAUAUAGAGAAGAUAAUUGGUCUUCCUUAGACGGCUCUAGCGUAGAUAGGCCGUUGGUUGUACAGUUCUGCGCUAAUGACCCAGAGUAUCUAUUGGCGGCAGCUAAACUGGUGGAAGAUAAAUGCGAUGCGGUAGAUUUGAAUUUGGGCUGUCCUCAAGGCAUAGCUAAGAAAGGUCACUAUGGGUCAUUUUUGAUGGAAGAAUGGGACCUUAUACACAAUUUAAUCAACACCUUGCACAAAAAUUUGAAAGUUCCAGUUACAGCAAAAAUACGUAUAUUUGACGACUGUGAAAAGAGUUUGAAUUACGCCAAGAUGGUGCUGGAUGCUGGAGCUCAAUUUUUAACCGUCCAUGGGAGAGUAAGAGAGCAAAAAGGACAAAAAACUGGUUUAGCUAACUGGGAAACAAUCAAAUACCUAAGAGAUAAUUUACCUAAAGAAACCGUGUUUUUUGCUAACGGGAAUAUCUUAUAUCCUGAAGAUAUUUCACGUUGUAUGGAACAUAUCGGUGCUGACGCAGUGAUGAGUGCUGAGGGGAACUUAUACAAUCCUGGUGUUUUCAAUGUAGGCCAAACUAAGAACAAGGAGAAGAUAUUUCCACGCGUAGAUAAGAUUAUCAGAGAGUAUUUCCAGAUUGUCAAAGAAUGCCAGGAAUCUAAAGCCUCCAAGACAGCAAUGAAAUCACAUUUUUUUAAGAUUUUAAGGCCUUUCUUGCCGCAUCAUACUGAUAUUAGGUCAACACUUGCUACUAUGAAUGCAAAAGCCACGUGGGAAGAAUGGGAGGAACAAGUAGUGAAGCCUGUCGAAAAAGUAGUGCAAGAAAUAUUUGAACAGCCAGAUAUCGCUAUUAAGGAUGAAAUUACUAUCGGCGAAAAGCAAUCAUGGGGUGGUUCAUAUAGAACUGUUCCAUACUGGAGAUGUCAACCAUAUUUUAGGCCUGUUAACGGUAUCACAGGUGAUAAAAGAGUUAUGCAAGGCCUCAUAGAUGAAAGCGUGAACAAGAAACGUAAAGCUGACGUGCCAUUAGAAUCUGCUGAUAAAAAGAAGGACGUGAAAGCUUAA